GUUAUUCAGUGAGUAUUUAGCGAACUAAGCAGAAUUGUUGAGUUGGAUUGGAUUGAAAUGGUUGAUGUCGAGCUAGAUAUAGAUUAUGGUAAAGGCUAAAGUAAGGGACAGGUUUCAAAAUGAAAACUGGUGUUCCACAACUUGGCAAACUUAUACCACGAAAGAGCUUCAAUACGUAUAAUAUUGUUCUUCUCACGUUAUUCACAUUGUUUAACCUCGUGGUUAUUAUCAUCUUGGGUGCCGCUCUAGAUUUUGAUAGCAAAUUUCACUGUUACAAUGUUAAGCUCACCUCGAAGUUGGAGAACGAGACUUUACUUGGAAACUGUAAAAUGAAGUGUUCUGUUCACUAUAAAGAAAGAUUUCAAUUUAGUGUGCCUAUGUCUCGUAUAUGCAUCGUUCGGCUUAUGACCGUUUUAGUCUUCAGUAUUAUUUAUGCAUAUUUGGUAAAACGUCGCGUUGAGAGAUUUGACUCUCCUCCGACCGAUACAUCAAGUUCUAAUGACAGCGAGGAAAAUCACGCGAUGCUUUCAACACUAUCAUACAUCCAUCUAAACCCGGAAAGUUUUAGUGUAGAUUGUCGGAUUCGUGUGUCAACAUUGUGGAUCUAUAUCGCUCAUCUCUUCAUCGCUCGUAUAAUUCCAUUGUUGACAUUUGUCAUAUUUGUAUUUUACCAAGCUGAUAUUCCUGAGAAUUUUCUUUGUCCCUGGCCAAAUGAAAUGCCAAAAAAGGUCACGUCGUCUUUCAAUUAUACCAACAACUCACGCUAUAACGUAACGACCGUUUACUGCAUUAAUCCAAAUGCCUCGAGAAGCAAAACCAUAGUUAUUACAGUUGCAAUUGCGGAUGUUGUCCUGGUAAUACUGACUUUCUUAGAGCUUGGCUAUCUCGCGUGGAUAAUUUACAAUGAUAGGGAUCUUAUGAGUGACAGAGAAUUCUGUACCGUAUACUUGCUGCGAAAACGAAAGAGAAUUAGAAAAUUUGUGAAUAAAGUGCGGGAGAGAUUCAGUGAAGAAACGUUCCAGUUAAAUGAUGAUUUUGGUGAUCUUGCUAAUUCAUUUCGAAAUUUUAAAGAUAUUUAUGUAAAUGUGGUCAUCCAAGAAGGGAGGGAACAAAUAAACGCUUAUCCACACGUUUUUGACCGGAAGAAAAUUUGCAAUUGCCAUUUUGAGAUCCCAAGCUUGGUAACCAAGCUUACCAGCACAAUAGAAAUAUUUAAACCCCUCAAAAUUUGCCAGAACCAGACCUACCCGCGAAGCAUACUUGUCAUAGGGAGACCUGGAAUUGGUAAAACUAUGUUGACAAAAAAGCUUCUGCAUCAGUGGAAAGAAAACAAAGAGCAGUUCUGGAGGGAUAAGAUAAUUAUCGUUAUCCGAUUACGCCUCCUAAUCAACAACAAAACUAUUUCUCUUCGAGAAAUGUUAGGUUAUGGCGAAGGACUGUCGUAUAGUACUUUCCAAACUGUGUAUGAUUUUAUAUUAUCAAACCCAACAAAUAUAAUUCUUGUUUUUGAUGGAUUGGACGAACUUGUUGUUGAUAGAGAGCUUUUGUGUACGAAAAAAAAGACAGUUAAUAGUCUAAUUGACAAAAUGCCAGUUUUUUCGAUUCUUGAAAAGUUAGUUCACGGUAAAUUGUUGAAAGGUGUCACAAUAUUGAUCACAUCACGCCCUUCAGCAGAGCCUAUUUAUGCAUACUUGGGUUUUGAAAACAUUGUGGAGAUCCUAGGGUUUUCUCGUGAACAAAUCAAAAAGUACGUAAUUAAAUUUUGUGAGAAUGAUAAGGACACCGGUGAAUUGAUUUGGAAUCAAAUUCAAGAAUCAGCGGAACUGCUAAGCUUUUGCUACAUACCUGUAAAUAGUUACAUCGUUUGCUUAACGUUGAAAGAAAGCAUUCAAUUUGAUAUAAAUGAGGGACUACAUCAUAAGGGUUUUCGAAUGAAUAUUCCAAAAACUAUAACUGAAUUAUAUAAAAGAGCAGUUAAAGUCCUAAUGUAUAGACACAAUCCAAAAUUCAAGUUGCUACCAAGGCCAAAUGAUUACCUCGACUAUCCUUUACCCGAAGAACUCGAUAAGGACUUGAUGAAGAUAACACAAGUUGCAAUGGAUGCAAUGAAAAACGAAAGUUCAAUUUUUGAGCGAACAGGCGAUGAAUUUGGCGAACUAGCCAAUUGUGGCUUAUUUAACAAAUUACCUGACAGUCGAAAUUUCUUUUGCUUUCUACACUUGACACUUCAAGAGUUUCUUGCAGCAUCAAAGGUGGUUACCGAUGAUAUGCGAAAUGUUGAAGUAUUCCUGGAGACACAUUUUCGAGAUCCCAAGUGGCAUUUGGUGAUACAAUUUGUCGCAGGUUUAAUUGGAGAUAAAAUUAAAACGGCUAAAAUGACUGGUAAAAGCGAUUUAAAUUAUUCUUGGGAGAAAAAGACCAGUGGUAUAAUAAAGAGAUUUGAGGAAUGGGUCCUUCAAUUGGGAACAGACAACGAAAUUGCCCUACUUGGGAUAAAGUGUUUUUAUGAAUUGCAAGAUGAUGACAUUAUCAAGGCAGUUUCUGGUAAUUAUUUGGCAGAAAGAAAUGGAGAGCUGUGUUUAAAAGACAUUAAUAUUACACCAGCUAAUUCUGCCGCAGUUUUUGAGUUUUUGGGCUGUAGCAAAGAAUUAAAACGACUACGAUUCCAUGACAACUGCCAAAUACGGGGUGAGUACAGCUACCGUGAAAUGGGAAAGCUGUUUAGUACUGAGGGUAACAAUAUUACCUCCUUUCACUGGAAAUCAUAGAAAGAUUCUUGAUAUUUUAAAUACUUUUGCAAUGCUUUAAAACGCGAGCAUUGUCGAUUAACCGAUCUCUGCUGUGAUGGGAUAACGCUAGUUCG